AUGGCGUCGUCUGGUGCCAUUCGCUUCGUCGCUGGCUCUAAAAAGUGCCCUCUGGGCUCCCUACAUCUGCAGCUUCGCGUCAAGCCGGGAGCCAGCAAGAACCGCGAGGGAGUAAUGGCUAUCACCGAAGAUGCGAUUGAGCUGUGCGUGUCUGCUCAGGCGAGAGAAGGUGAGGCCAACAAGGCUGUUGUUCAGGUCCUCAGUGGCAUAUUGAGCGUGCCAAAAUCCAGUCUCCAGCUGACACACGGCAUGAAGUCACGCGACAAGACUGUCGUGCUCGACGUGAUCAAAGGUGACGGAGAUGAUUUUGCUAGAAAUGUACGAGAGAUUCUAAAUAGAGCUGUCGAGGACUAG